GUGACGUAGGUCGUGAUCCGCCAUAUUGUCUCUGAUACAGCAGAAAUCUCAUAUCCGAACAGGCAUACCGGCGACGGUUUGAAAUUUGGCCAUUGGGACUACCACCCGAUUUUCCGGGAAACGUUCGUUCGUCUCAUUGAUCACGGGGCAACAACCACGUGCCCCUGGUGCCCCUCCCUUGUCCUCAAAGUACCCCCCCCCCCCCAAUCCCCAACUCCCCAUACCCUUACCCCCUUUGAAUCAAAAUCCACACCGACCUUUCUUUCUCCCUCCCUUCCCGAGCGCUCCGCUGCAGAGAGCGCUCACCACCCACUCUGCCAAGCUGUCGGACAUGUCGGGACCUGUGUCGAGCCGGGCCAGGGUGUACAAUGAGGUCAACACUCACCGACCGAGGGAGUACUGGGACUAUGAAUCCCAUGUCGUGGAAUGGGGCAACCAAGAUGACUUUCAGCUUGUGCGAAAGCUUGGGCGUGGCAAAUACAGUGAAGUCUUUGAGGCCAUCAACAUCACCAAUAAUGAAAAAAUUGUAGUCAAGAUCCUUAAGCCUGUGAAGAAAAAGAAAAUAAAACGUGAGAUUAAGAUUUUGGAGAAUCUGCGAGGAGGCCCAAAUAUCAUCUCCCUUAUAGACAUCGUGAAAGACCCUGUGUCUCGGACACCUGCUUUGGUCUUUGAACAUGUUAACAACACUGACUUUAAGCAAUUGUACCAAACUUUGACAGACUAUGACAUCCGGUUCUACAUGUAUGAGAUCCUUAAGGCUCUGGACUAUUGUCACAGUAUGGGAGUCAUGCAUAGAGAUGUGAAGCCACAUAAUGUGAUGAUUGAUCAUGAACACCGCAAGUUACGUCUGAUUGACUGGGGCCUGGCUGAAUUUUACCACCCAGGACAGGAGUACAACGUCAGAGUCGCCUCACGCUAUUUUAAAGGACCAGAGCUCUUGGUGGACUAUCAGAUGUAUGACUACAGUCUGGAUAUGUGGAGCUUGGGGUGUAUGCUGGCAAGCAUGAUCUUCAGGAAAGAGCCUUUCUUCCAUGGCCAUGACAACUAUGACCAGCUGGUCAGAAUAGCCAAGGUUUUGGGAACAGAAGAUCUAUAUGACUACGUUGACAAGUACAACAUUGAGCUCGAACCCCGCUUCAACGAUAUACUUGGAAGGCAUUCUCGGAAGCGGUGGGAACGCUUUGUCCACAGCGAAAACCAGCAUCUGGUCAGCCCAGAGGCUCUGGAUUUCCUUGAUAAACUGUUGCGCUACGAUCACCAAGCCCGUCUAACUGCUCGUGAGGCCAUGGAUCACCCCUACUUCUUCCCCGUUGUGAAGGACCAGUCUCGUGGUGGAGUCGCCAACAUACCCACUGGGAACCCAGCUGUUAGCACAGCCAGCAUUAUUACUGGUAUCUCUGCCUUGCCAGCUUUGACUGCCCUUGGUCCACUCAAUGGCUCACCUGUGCUGUCUGCCACCACCAAUGCUCUGAGCUCCCCAGUGCCAACUGCUGCCGGAGCCCCUCAGUGACCACCUCAUCAAAUCCAGAUGGAGACAGGUGCAACUCUACUAGCUCUCUACAUCAUAAGUCUGCGUGGCCAAGCCUCAUCAAAACCUUACGAUUUGUGUUCUUCCUUGUGUCCUCCUCCUAUCAGUUUAACAUGCUCACGUGACAUGAAAUGAAUGUCCCGUGUAGAUAAAACACACUGAUGUUCAUUUCUCUAAAUGCAGCAAUGCAUUCAAGGGGGAAACUGUGUCAUCCAUGUUUGUUACGUUUUUUUGUUAGGAUUAUGUUGUACUUUAAGAAGUACGUUGGCAGAAGGCAAACAAGAGAUAUUUGCCCUCAGGACCAAAAGGAGCACAUCUUGAAUAAACUUGUUUUGCUUCCAGUAACUGUGAACACAUUGUGUGCUGUUUUGUGCUCCAGAUGCACGACACUACGAUCUGAUUAGUGUCUGAAAACGUCCAGCCAUACCAGCCAAAACAUUGAGACCAAACCUUCCUCGCACACAAGACACUCUCACACUCUUCUGGCCUGCUGGAUGCGGCCCAGUAGAUGAGUAAUUUAUUUCUUAAGAAAUGCUGCUUAGUAGUUCCUUGAAAUACUUCAAGACGUAACCAAAGUCCCAUUCAUUUGAAAGAAUAGUGAAACAAACCAGGUUUUUGCUCUCAAUAGAUAAAGGUGUUUAAAAAUCAGGGUUGUUUUUUCUUCAUGCAAAAAAUGUGCUCAUUUUUCCUACAAGGGUUUUAACUGUGGCGAGAGAACACACAAAAAAGGGAGAGAAGGAGAGAGAAAGAGUCAUGGUCAAAAUAGCUAUAUCUGCAGUAUAAUUUUUGUUGUUGUCCUGUAUAUCUUUGGAUGAUGUGGAGUCGUUGGUUGAGACAAAAAUUGAAUGCUUUUCAGCCCUCGUUACUGCACAGACAAGUAAUCUAAAGACACUGGAGAAAAUGCUGAUUGAUGCAAGUGUAUAACGAACAAAUCCUUGUAUCCAAAAUGAAGACUUUUAUGCAUGGCAAGGUGAGGAGUUUGCAUUUAAUGUUUUGUGGCCAGGCCUGCGAUAAGUAAAAACCAGAAUGUGUUAAGGUUGACAAUGUGAGUAUUCAUAGCAUUUUUAUUUGAUGAAUCAAUUCUUGACAGGUGAAUGAAAUGCUGUUAAAUUUGGACUAAAACUCAGCAGUUCAAUGAAGUGUGGCUCUGUGAUUGGCCAACAGUUGGAUCUACACCAGUUUAUUCAAGUCCAAAAUGCUGAAUAGCACUUAAAGGACAUCAAUCUCCUGUGUUCUUGUGCCACAGUGUGAAAGACUUGAAAGUUUUUGACCCUGCUGUACAUCUUCUGUAAACAUGGAAAUACAAAAAUCAAAAUGUGUACAUUGAGUCCCGACACCACUGUAUAUACUGAAUUUUUAUGCCCUUAUGUAGAAGACUAGUAUUUGCAAAUAUUUGUGUAAAUAAAAAAUUAUUUAUCAGUUA